AUGGCAACAUCUGCACAAAGGCGUGAACAAUUAGAAUAUCAUCUAAAAUCCUUCAGGGAGAUAGCAGACCAAAGAGUUAAUGAAAAGAUAAUUCAAUGGAGUUAUCAUUUACCAGCCUUAGUAUCAUCAGCUAUUUUUAUAUGCCAAAUAGCUAACACAAUAAUAUUUGCAACUUUUGCUUAUAAUUUUGGACAGCUUAAUAAUUUAUUAUACGAAUAUAUGUUAGAAACCGAUGCUAUGAAUAUUACACUGCCAAAUUCAACUUCUAAAUUUAGAUUAGAUGGGGUUAAUGCUGAAAGAUUAACUCAGAUUGAUAAUCUAUGCCCAGCUUUGGCAUUAAUUCUUUCAAUAACACAAGCAUUAACAAUUCAUACAAGCAUUACAGAAUCUAUUUAUACUAUUCGCUUCAUAUUAGCAAAAUUAUUGAAUCAGUUAUUGGAACUAAAUCGAAAUGGUCGUCUCCCUAUUGAAGAUUAUUUUGAAUGCGAAUUUUUUAAUGAUGAUGAUAUUGUGAAACCACCCUGUUCCGGUCAAAUUCAUGAUACAGUACUGAGCAAAUCCUCGUUAACUGUUGUUAUAACAAUUCAUAUAAUUCCAAUAAUUAUUGCUGUAUAUUUGCUCAUUAAAAAUCUAAAGUCAAAUAAGCUUGAACAUUUAUUUCUUUACAUUGAAAGUGUCCCGCCUCAAAAUGCGUCAAAAUAUGAGAAGAAAAAUAUUUUUGGAAGUAAUGACAAAAUAUUCCAAAAUGAACAGAAAAAUGUGAGUGGAGGUAACACUAAUAAUACAAGCCUAAAAGAGACAAUAAAUGGAUUACUUGCUGGGUUUAAUGUUAAAUUUAUAACAAAAAAGAUAUUUUGUGAGCACAUGCCCAAAUCAAACAGUAAUCAUCCCGGAAGGCAAGGUUCUCACUCUAUUUCGGUUCGAAAUCCGAGGCAGAUGCAAACAAAUGAAAAACAGAAAGAUGAAACUUGUUUUUAA